CAGGGACGUGGUGGCUGUAGGGGACACUGGGGACAGGGAUGUCGUGAUCCCAAGGGACACUGGGGUCACAGAUGCUCCAGACCUUAUGGACGAGGACAUUGGGGACGGGGAUGUCCCAACUAGUGGGGACAAGGAUGUCACCUCCUCAAGGGACAUUGGGGACACAUCCCUAAAGGACACUGGGAAUGGGGGUGUCACCUCCCUGAGGAGUAUUAGGGACGGGGAUGUCCCAUCCCUAAAGGACAUUGGGGACGAGGACAUGGGGGACACCCCGGUCUCUGGGGCUGAGGGGGCCGGGGAUGAUGUCACCAAUGAUGUCACGGCCCCGGGGGGCACCCUCGGCGUCACCCCCGGCUGUGACGUCACCCCCAAUGACGAUGACGUCAUUGGGGGUGACGUCACUUCCCUCGUACUGGGGGGCGGUGACGUCAUCACCCGGGGCGACAUCACUUCCCCCCUCGCCGGUGACGUCAUCACCGGUCAUGACGUCGCUUCCGGCCUUCCGGGGGAGGAGCUCGCCGGUGAUGACCUCAUGCGCGGGGAUGACGUCACCGAUGAUGACAUCACCACAGACGACCCCUGCAGGGCUGCCCGCGCCGAUGAUGUCAUCGCUGACGUCAAGGCAGAGGAAGACGCGGCGGGUGUUGUACCGAGGGGCGCCCCCGCUGAUGACAUCAUCGCCGCCGGUGACAUCAUCGCCACUGAUGAUGUCACUUCCUCCUUGCCAGGAGGCGGUGACCUCUCUGGUGACAUCAUCUGCGCCGACGAGCGCGCUCCGCCUGCUUGGGGUGACGUCACCGAUGAUGUCAUGCCCGAGGAUGACGUCAGUCCCCCCGCCCCCAGUGGUGACGCUGGCCGCGACGUCACUCCCGAGGGUGACGUCAUCGGUGACGUCACCUGGGGCGCCGACCUGGGGGACAUCACCUCCUCCCUGCCCGGCUGCGACGUCGGCCCCGAGGAUGACGUCACGGGUGACGUCAGCCCCGGGGAGGAGCAGCCCCUCCCCGUCCCCAAAGACCCCGCCCGCCCGGGCGAUGACGUCACCGAUGACAUCACUGCCGAGGCGCCCAGAGGGGACGCCCCAGGCGCGCCCCAGGCGCAGACUCCCCCCCCCGGCUGCCCCCUCGUGUUCUUGGCCCUCGUCUGCCUCCUCUUGGCCCUUCUGCUGCUCGCCGGGGUCUUUGCGGCCGCGCAUUACGUCCGGGUCUUCCUCAUCAGCUCCGCGCCCGUCGGCGAGUCCUUCCCAUGAGCUUUUGAGGCGGGAUGAGGAGGGGGGGGGGGUCCGUCCCCCCCCCCAAAUAAAUGACCCCCCUCCCAA